AUGCCGAUACUCAACCAGCAACCUCUUGAGGUCCUCAUGCCCAUCAUAGACGAGAUUGACUGGCGCGAGGACCUACUAUCCCUCGCGCUGACUUGCUCUCGGCUUUACAACCUCAUCGUCCCCUCUCACCUGCCGUAUCGCCGCAUCGUUGUAUCCAUCUACUUCCGGCCGUUCUUCGAACAUACCUCAUCUUCUCCCGACCUCGCGAAUAGGGUGCGCGAGCUGACGCUCGUGAGUACUCCGCGGGAUCUAGUUGUCCCUCGGGUACACGCCUUCCGGAGGGUGCACCCUGAGUCUCGUCUACUCUAUGUGUCCGGUUACGACGACGAGUAUAAGCGGCAGUGGUCCAGAGCAGGGACUACUGGCGCUUCCCACUCGGGGUACCUCGAGAGAGUCCGGAAUGCCCUUUCGUCUAUGAGGCGGCUCAGGCGGAUCACCUUCAGCGGAGACGAUCAAGAGCUCGCACUGGCCGUUUGUCAUUCCAAUCUAGACGGUCUCAUGCUCAGCUCGGGUGGCUGGGCACUGCACGACGCGCAAGGACAGCCCCUAACAACCCCAUCGUCUUCGCUAUGGGCGAUGUCUUCUCUGCGGUCUCUAGACCUGAACAUGACAUUAAACGCGGACCCCUUCUGGGGUAUCUUCUGCCAACUUCUCGCACGCUCUUCAAGACUUGAAGUUCUGGGCGUACCAUUCUUCACUGCACGUAGCGACGACGUAUCGAUCGUCAUGCCUCGCCUCACACAUCUCCGUCGCAUCACGUUGGGCGACAUGGAUGAAGCCUUACUGAACAUCGAUGGGCAUCCGUCCAUCACGGAGAUGAGUUAUCGCAACCCACAUCUCAAGGUCGGGCCGACACCCAAGCGACUGCCACAUCUACCAGCCGUCAAGCGUCUGAUCAACAUUCGAGGAGCGCAUAUCUCUGCACUUGUGACCCGCCAUCGCACAAGCGGAGAGACCCUGCGUUUCCUGGAGUCAGUCACUUUUGAAGACGUUUCGUUCAUCACGGCGGAGUGGUUGGAUCUCGCUUUGGCACUCCCUCCAUCGCUCAGGUCGCUGAGCAUCAAGAGACUGGGUGGCAUCGACAACGAAGGCUAUGCGAUACUCACCGCUCUCGCUGCUAUGUUUCCUCAUCUUGAAGAGAUGCAUCUGCCUUUUCAAGGCUCCUCUUAUCGUAUACCUCUCCCAAAGGAGGAAAAGAAGAACUAUCCGCGCUUUCGCGCUCCGAAGAUGGUGAUCAGGGAUGGGAGGAAGCCGAGUAUUGGAGACAUCAUCAGCAGGUUCCCGCGCAUGCGCUCAAUUGCGGGUGUGGAUGCUGGCGAUCGACUGGAUGACCUUACCGCCCGUUUGCAAGAUCUGAGUCGCAAGUCGCCGCGUGGACUCAUAGGCUUAGCGGACCCCCCAACGAUUUUCCUGGAGGCCUCGCGGGCUCUUUCCAAGCUUCGGCGGGAGUACCCUAACCUCCGUGCGGUGAACGGGUGGCUACUCAACGAUGACUUGGCGACAGUGGUUGUGUUGACAAGUCCGAUGGGUCCGCAAUAUGGAGUACAAGACGAAGUACAACAUGUUUUGACAAACAGUUGCGUACGCACUCGAUAUCCGGGAACGGCUUCCGACUCGCAACCCUUGCCGUUAGUUCCAGAGAGACCGCGACCGAUUCUGAGAACGCUCUUCCUACAUGAGGAUGACUUCUAG